GCGAAGCAUAGCUAAGCGAGUUCUCUUUCUAAAAGUGGUUGAUUCUAGUUCUUUCGAUCGAGCAAACAUGGUGAAGCUCGCGUUCGGUGGCUUUGGUGACUCCUUCAGCGUAGGGUCCCUGAAAAGCUAUCUCUCCGAGUUCAUCGCGACCCUCCUCUUCGUGUUCGCCGGCGUCGGGUCCGCCAUCGCUUAUGGAAAGCUCACGGCGGAUGCAGGCCUGGACCCGGCCGGGCUAGUCGCAGUGGCCGUGGCCCACGCGUUCGCCCUGUUUGUGGGGGUAUCCAUCGCGGCGAACAUCUCCGGCGGCCAUCUGAAUCCGGCGGUCACGUUCGGGUUGGCCGUCGGAGGCAACAUCACCAUCUUGACUGGCAUCUUCUACUGGAUCGCCCAAUGCCUCGGCUCGAUCGUCGCCUGCCUCCUCCUAAAAUUCGUCACCGGCACCGAGAGCGUACCAACCCAUGGAGUUGCUGCUGGCAUGAACGCGAUUGAAGGCCUAGUCAUGGAGGUCGUCAUCACCUUCGCGCUGGUCUACACGGUGUACGCCACCGCGGCCGACCCCAAGAAGGGCUCGAUAGGGAUCAUCGCCCCCAUCGCCAUCGGCUUCAUCGUCGGCGCCAACAUCCUGGCCGCCGGCCCAUUCAGCGGCGGGUCCAUGAACCCCGCCCGCUCUUUCGGGCCCGCCGUGGUCAGCGGCAACUUCUCGGAGAACUGGAUCUACUGGGUCGGCCCGCUCGUCGGGGGAGGGCUCGCCGGGCUCGUGUACGGCGACAUCUUCAUCGGGUCCUACGCCUCGGUCCCCGCUUCUCAGGACUAUGCUUGAGAGAACAAGAAGCUCCUGUGCUCGGGUGUUUGUUAAUUUUCAGUACUUGGGUGGUUUUUCCUGUUUGCUCGUGAUCGUUGUGCUUUGCGUCUUGCUUCUUGCUUCUCGGCUUGUUCUUGUUUUAAUAAAUUCACAAAUUGUAUAGCGAAAUCACUUUAGACUCUUAUUGAAUAUGCCAACUUUC